AUGUUUGACUCAGCGUUCGACUGUGUUGUCCUGGAUGGCACGGUAGUCACCGCUGCCGAUGUCGGCCGGUACGAUAUAGCUAUCAAAGAUGGAAAGAUAGCUCUGCUUGCUCCCGCUAGGUCCUUGUCAAAGGUGAAGGCCACUCGGAUUAUUGACGCACAGGGCGCAUACGUGAUGCCCGGGGGUGUAGAUGCCCAUGUUCACUUGUCAGAGCCUCAACUUUUCGGCAAAGGCAGGCCCGCAGAUGAUUUUACUUCAGGAAGUCGGUCCGCUAUCGCCGGCGGAACAACUACUAUAAUUGCCUUCGCUCCUCAAGAUAGAUCAGAUCCAUCAAUUCUGAAUGCAUUGGACGAAGCUCAGCAAAAAGCACGAGAUGCUGCGUAUUGCGAUUAUUCUCUUCACCUCUUGAUUUCUAACCCAACCGAGCAAGCUCUGGAGGAGUUUGCAGUCCUUCGUGAACGGGGCGUUUCUUCAAUCAAGAUCUAUAUGACUUACGAGGUACUUCAAUUGCGUGACAAUCAAAUAUUAGAUGUCUUACUACAAGCCCGCAAAGAUUUGAUCACCACAAUGAUUCAUGCGGAAAAUGGGGAUAUGCUCACGUGGAUGACAGAACAGCUGGAGCGUCGGCGAUUGCUAGCUCCCAAAUACCAUGCAACUUCACGCCCACAGAUACUAGAAAGCGAAGCCACCAACAGAGCCAUUGCCUUAAGCCAAUUAGUAGAAACACCCAUCCUAAUUGUGCACGUGUCGUCGCCACUGGCAGCGAAUAAUAUCCGGACUGCACAAACGAGCGGCCUUCCUGUCUUUGCCGAGACAUGUCCGCAAUACAUGUUCUUGACACGCAAGGCUUUAGAUCAGCCAGGAUUUGAGGGGGCUAAGUGUGUUUGCUCUCCCCCGCCCCGUGAUGGCGAGGCAGAUUUGGAGAGUAUCUGGAGGGGUAUUGAGAAUGGAACAUUCACCAUCCUCUCUUCAGAUCAUUGUCCCUUUAUUUAUGACGACAAUGUCGAUGGCAAGAAAUCGGCAAUUUCUGAAGACGCACCUCUGGGGCGAUUCCGCUACAUUCCAAACGGUUGCCCCGGCGUUGAAACACGUUUGGCCUUGGUCUUGAGUGCUGACCGACUUUCACCUCAGAAGUUUGUCGAGGUGACAAGUACCAACCCCGCCAAAUUAUACGGUCUAUAUCCGCAGAAAGGGGCGCUGAUACCCGGACUUUCAGAUGCCGAUCUCACCAUCUGGUAUCCGCCGUCUUCUCUAGAGCCGUUUCCUGUCACAAAUUCUGCCCUGCAUCAUAAUGUAGAUUAUAUACCGUACGAAGGACAGAUUGUUUCAAACUGGCCUCGAUAUACGCUGGUUCGCGGUGAAGUUGUUUGGGAUCGCGACAAUGGGGGCAUCGUGGGUCGGAAAGGAUAUGGACAAUUCGUGAAAAGGGGACCCAGCGCCUUUUGUCGCGAGCAGCCGGAGUGGGAUGUCGAGAGAUAUUAG